UUAGACAUGAAUACAGCGACUGUUUGUUUCAUAGCCUUAUGGAUGUUUGUUGCGUCCAGCGAGGCAAAAAGCUCUAAAGACUGCCCAGCUGUCCCCUGCUUUCUCAUACUGUACCCACCGAGCUGUCGUUCAGUAUCUUUCUUCUUGCAUGGGAAGGAUCAGGUUUGUCAAGGUUGUGACAUGUGCGUUGUAGAAUCCACAAACCUAGAUAAAGAUGGCUGUCCAGUGAAAUCCUGCAAGUCGAACAAGAAGGCGAUAUCCGAAGGUUGCCGGAGGGAUAUUUAUUACAUCUACCAGGGACGAAAGAUCUGCCAAGGGUGUCCACAAAACAUUUGUAAAAACUGAUGUAUCUCUUUAUGAAAUAAAGAAGUGACAUUUGUA